AUCUGUAAGUAACGAUAAACCAUUACUUAACGAAAGACGAUUCCGAGCGCAGUUUGGUAAUUCAUAAUUUGAAGUGUUGUACAUUUUUUGCGAUUUUCGUUUAAAUUUUGAUUUCAAAAAGAUUAUUAAAAAAAAAGUCGUCCAAUGAUUUUAAAAAUUUUACCACCUCUAGGUAAGUCCAAUAAAUGUAUUAUUUUCAAGUUUCAAGUCUCUACGUGUAUUUAUAAUCGAAUUACAGCAAAAAACUCCCAAAAAUUAAAAUUCCUUAAAAGCUCAAAAGUGGCUCAACAAUUUUGACGAUGAUACCAAUAGAAAGUAAAUCAAAAAGGCAACAAAAAAAGUUUCUUGUGAUUUUUCGAUUAAAUCAUUUUUUCUGGUAGAAAACUUCCGUGUUUGUAUAAAAUAAUGAAAUCGUGAAAUUGUACUUUUUCCUACGUUUUUUUUUCACUUAAAUGCUUUUAUAUAAAAAAUGGCAUCAAAAGUCAAAAAAUAUUCUGUUUAAAGUACAAUCUAGACAAUUUGAGCUUUUAGAAAAGGUGCUACACGUAAAUAUCGGAGCAAGUUUACUGGGAAAACACGUGUCCACAGGCUAGCAGAAAGAAAAAUGAAAAAAAUAAACAUCUUAGUAAAACAGAUAGCCCCUCGCUCGGAAUAUAUAAAAUCACUUUAGUAAAAUCAUAAACAUAGUGCCUAAUUGUUUUAUUUUCGAGUCAUUCAUCACACGAGCCGAAUGUACAAAACUAGAUAUAAUCGCUUUAAUUAUACACACGUAAAAAGAUUAUAGUUCUGCAGAUUUGUUUAAUAAUUAUGAUUUAGAUCUUAUACGAAUCCAAUUAUUAUUGUAUAAUAUUCAAAUUACAUUAUUAUAAGUACUUGAACUAUAACCAAUAAAUUUAAUAAAAUAUUACCGAAAUAUAUUCGUAUGUAAACAUUUUUUUUUUUUUUUUAAAUUUUUGAUCAGACUAUACUCGGACUAAAAACAUCAAAACUAUUAAAAAAAAUAGUUGUUAUUUAUUAUAAGUUAACAAUACAAAAAUGUUGAUUUUUUUUUUCAAAAAAUUUGCAGGCGAUAAAAUCGAAAACUGCAUAAAACAGUGCUCGCUGAAAUUAAAAAUCCAUCCAUAAUUCAGAGUUCCGCCACGAAAUUAUGGUUGUAUUGAAACGUUUUCGGGAGUGAAAAUCUGAGAUUCCAACAUUUAAAAUUAGGACAAAUCUGAAUCGCGUUAAUCUGAACCCAACAGAAAUAGACCGUAUAGAUAUCUGGACUUUCAAAGUUUGAAAUCGCAGUUAAGAAAACUCAACGUGUUAAUAUACCGUGUACCAAUAUACCAUUAUCUCGGAAAGUAUUUGUUUUCCGGAAUUUAUUUUCUAGAAUAUUUAAGAAAUAAGCUGCUCUACAAUUGUAUGUUUAUGUUAUUUUUUGUCAUUCUUAUUUUUGGGGGUAAAACCACUGCCUACUUUUGAUUUUCAAAUAGCAACCUAUAUUAAAAAGUCCAUAAAUAGAUGGAGUAUUAAUUAAAACAAAUUUUAGCGUUGACAUUUUUGAUUUCCGUCGAUCCGUUGACGAGUUAUUCCACUUUUAAGUUUAGGGCGGAGGAGAGUGGUGGAGUAUCAUUUGUGUGGCAGUACGACGCGCAGCGUGUUAAUAAUGCACCACCACUCUCCUCCGCCCUAAACUUAAAAGUGGAAUAACUCGUCAACGGAUCGACGGAAAUCAAAAAUGCCAACGCUAAAAUUUGUUUUAAUUAAUACUCCAUCUAUUUAUGGACUUUUUAAUAUAGGUUGCUAUUUGAAAAUCAAAAGUAGGCAGUGGUUUUACCAUAUAAUUGUAGAGUAGCUUAUUGCUUAAAAAUUCUAGAAAACAAAUUCCGGAAAUUGUUAAUACCUUCGAGAUAAUGAGUGUACCCACUUAAAUAAAUCACCGGUACAUAAAUAUUAAUUGUUGUAUUUAAUGUACAGUUAUAUAUAUAUAUCACGGUUGCGUAUUCCGAAUACAUGAUUAUGUUAACAGCUAUUUAUAAUGCUGAUUUAUUACAUUCUUUAAGUAAUCAUUAUUAUUACAACCUAUUCGCAGAUUUCACGACGCCCCCAACGACGUAUAAGGGGCGGAGUUAUACAUUAUAGGUAGGUACCUAUAGGUAUUCACGCAAUAAAAUAUCAAUAAUUCAAAUCGAAAUUCGCACUACGGGUUAUUAGUGGCUUUUAAGGAGAGGAUUUUUGACAUUUUAUAUAAGUGUACUCACAUGACUGAAAUUGAAAACAAAUGUCUCAACGGUGAGGCUUCGAAAUUUGUUUAGUUUACUAUUCACUCGUAUUUUGUACGUUCAUACGUAUAUCACUCUCCCCCAGUUAUAUAGCCCUGAAUACCUAUAUAAUUAAAUUAAACGUUUUUCAAACAAAAAGUCCUGCAGAUGCAGUAGCCACGCCCCUCCCCCACCUCAAUCAAAUCCACACCACUGUGUAAGUUAUUAAAUAAUAUUAUAUUACUUAAAAAAGAAAACGAUAUCGCAAAAUAUUUAGCAUUGAUUUGUAAUUCCCAUUUGCAAAUAACUAAUAGUUUAAAAAUACAACAAAAUUGCUAUUCUCUGUUCAUCAGUUUUUUUAAACUUUGACCGAUGUGAGGAAUGUAUUUGUUAUUAUGAAGAGUUUUAUUUUUGUGUACAAACGACUCAGAAAUCUUAUUCUAAUCAUCAAGUGUAGCGUCUUUCUCGAAUCAAAUUUUGUCUAUAGUUGGUACAUUAAAAAAGUAAUUUAUUUUCAUUUUCUCAGUAAUUUUCUUAUUAUUCAAAAAGAAACGUAAGGAAAACGAAAAUAUUUUCAGCUAUUCAGUUAGAAAUCAAUCGUAGACAUUUUUUUUGAAUACUUGUACCUAUUAGUUAUUUCUUCAGACAGAAUAACAUUUUCAAUGUAUUCCAGCGAUUUUUUGAGCUAUUUAUAAACAUUUUAAAUUUUAAAUUUAAAAAAAAACAUGAUUUUGAAAUUGCAAAUCCCAAGGGUUUUCGAAUUACAUAAUUGGGAAAAACCGGAAACAAAAUUAUAAGAAAAACCGCAAAUAUUUACGGCCCACCGUAAAGCGUAUACUGUACAGCGUUCACCGAUGUCAUUAUUUUAAACUUGUACGCACGAUGUUUUCUACCAGAAAUAUUUCUUUAACCAAAAUAUGCCAAGUGACAUUUUUUGUUGCAUUGUGGAUCCAGUUACUGUGGAAGUAAAUCAUUUUUUUUUUUUGUUUUUUUUAAUAAUUGAGUAAAAUCGAAGAAAAACUUAAAAAAUACGGCAAAAUUUACGAAAAUAAUGCUUUUAUUAAUUUCAAUUUUUUUUUUUUUCUUUAUUUUGUUACAAUUCAAUUAAAAAUAUUCACUGACUUGAAAUUUAGAAUGAAAACUUAUACUUGCUUUUUUUAGACGUAGUCAAAUUUUCAAAACACUAGAGCUAUUUUUAGACAUUUUAAUUUUGUGAGUUUUUUACGUAAUUUUUAUUCGGUAGGGACUCACGGGUUAAAAUAAUUAGAUCAAACAGACAUGCUUUCUACAAUUUACGAAUUACGUGAAGUAUCAAAAUGUAUUUAAUAACGCUUAUGAUAUCUCACUUAAAAAUUAAAACACCAUAAACCGAUGAUGUGGUCAUAAUAUGACGUGUAAACACAGAUAUUGAUUAAUAUUAUUAUAGUAAAUAAAUGUAUAAAUAAACAAUUUACGUAUGAAAAUAAAAAAAUUAAUAAAUGAAUAAAUGCGUCGCCUGGAAUAUUAUACGACCGGUUUCGAAUUAAAAAUUUAUCAUCAGGUAUACCACAGUCAAAAUGUAAACUGUUACUUACGGUAAUUCGGGCUUGGGUGGGGGCCGUGGCCUCUAAUCCCCUCCUGGAGCCACCCUUGAUAGAGGUACGAAUUUAGGGGACGUAGAAAGGCAUUGGCCCCAACCGUCAUAUUUUAAGAAGGCAUCAUAAUAUUUUAAGACGUGAUACAAUGACAAUGUUUUAUUUUUUUUUUAUCAACCCCACCGCAUAGUUUACACUCAUUCAACAGGGCCUAAAAUAACGUGCUUCAAUGCAUAAAGUGUAUAGUAUGCAUGUCGAAAUUCCAGUGUAUUAUAAAAAAAAUGUGUUCUUAUGAAAGAGCGCUAAAAAUAUAAAUAUGUAUGUUUCAGGGUAGUCUGGGUAAUCUCGGUACAUAAUAAUGUUAUGAUUUCAAAAAUCAUAAAAUUAUUUUUAGCAGAAAUGCGCAUUGUACCCACAAAUGGUAUAGUAUAUUAUAUUGUAUAUAUAUAUAGGUGUACCAUAUAUUAUUAUACCAAUUAUACUGCAGAUAUUUUCAUUUUUUGUAUUUUUAAAAAAAAAAAAAAAAAUAUUAUGUUUUAUGUUAUAAAAUAAUUAUUAUUAAAAAUUGAUUUAUUGUUAACCUAACCUUACAUACGUCGUACAUUUUCCUGUUUUUCCUCCGUAUUUUCGGUUUUUCACAUUUGAUGAGAAAUCUCCUGAGGAAAUCGAAAAAUGACCUCCUCAAAGUACCUUCCAAAUUCGAUUUCCUUUCAGAAAAAAUGCUAUCAUUGUAAAUCGGGGCAAGAUUUGUGGAAUCUAAGUGUAAGAAAAUAUCGGCAUUGACCACAAUUAAAAAAUCAGAAUUUGAACGUACGCGAAAUGUAACGAUACAAAUGGGUCGAGCGUGCUUAAUGAAUACUCUGUAUAAUAGUAGGCAGAUAUUACAUAGAUAGGUAUACGUUGCAUAAUGCAUUAUUAUUAAUUACUGUACCUAAAUUGCGAGUCUACGAUAAAGGGAAUGUAAAAAACCCAGUGUUCGCGGGAAAACGAGCAGCGGCCCCCGCUUGGACACUUCGAGAUCCACGGGUCGUAAACAUAAACGCGGGAAAUUCUCAAUGUCCACGCAAAAACCCGGGGCGUAGUUAAAAUAUAAAUUUGAUAUUUGAGUUCAAUUACCGGGCGCGUUUUAUAUAGGCGUAACGCGUACGCAACGAUGACCGUCGGCCGGCAAUACGAUUGCGCGGGUAUACCUAUUGCACCGGACACCGGUGAGUGGGGGCGUCGCGUAAAAUUUUGUGCGGGCGCGUAUUAUUCGCUCGACAGCCCACUGCAACGGCGGCAGUCCGAUAGGUAUUACACGUCCGUCGGCGCGGCGUGGCACCCACAGCCGUGAGAUAUGGCAACGGACAGCGUUUGAAAACGUCAAAACGGUUAUUGUCGCGGCGCACAACGGCAAUAACUACCGUACGUUCGGCCGCGGCGGCGAAAUUUUCAGUGCCGACGGAGCGAUAUUUCAGAUUCGGAGUGUUGCCGGGGAUCUAUCGCGACUACAGUUUAUUUUUCCUGUCUGUGAACAACAUUUCUAUACCAGAAAUCAUGCUCCGAUGUAUCGAGUGUAGCAACUUUUCCGAAAGUAAAUUGUUUCUAGUCGGAGCAUUAGACAGAUCAUUUUUUUGAUUUUUCAAGGGGUUUUCAUAAUUAUUGGGAACAACCGGAUAGAAAAAUGUAUAGGUGAAACGGCACAUAUUUAAUGCACGCCACGACGACAUUACCGAUUUCAUUGUUUAUAAUUAUUGCAAACUAUGUUUUCUACCAGAAAUAUUGCUCAAAUAUAAAAACGACAAGAGAACAUUGUAGUUGCAUUUUUAAUCUAUUUGGUAAGUAAAAAUUCGUUUUUUGAUUUUCCAAAUAGUUUUUUUUAAUUUUGAGCUAAACCUAAAACAAAAACAAAUAUAGAAAGAACUGGAUUUUGUUUUUUUAUGGUAAUUCAGUUAAAAAUAUUAGUACUUGAAAUUUAAACAAGCUAUUAAUAGAUAUCUUAAUUUUUCGAGAUUUGUACGUAAUUUUUAUUCGGUAGGUACUCUGUAAAUAAAAUCGUUUGACUAAACAGAACUGCUUGAUAAUUUGACAAGAAAUUCAUUAUAAGUCGUACUCAGUGGUCAAGAAAUGUAGUAUUUUUUUUUUUUAUAUAAGAAUUUAAAAUUUUAAAAUCAUAUUUCGACGAAAAUCGUAAAUAUUACGACCAUCCAAAACACGUAUAACUGAAAUUCACUUUGAAUGGUUUAUCGUUGCUUAAAGGUAUAAAUUAAAUAACUUUAAUAUUUAUAUAUUCUACCUUCCUGAUUUUUCACCUACAAUAGUAAUACACCCGUCUCCAGCAUCAGCUCUUUUUAUUAUUAUUAUUUUAUUUAAUAUAGUAUAAUUUUUGUUUUUGUGUAUAUAAUAAUAGUUAUAGAUAGUUAUUAAAAAAAAGAUGUAAAAUAUGAUUGUCCGUAGGUACUUUCGAUAAUAUGAGUGAGAAUGUUUAAAGAUAACUGAAAACUGUGAUGUUAUACCUCUAAAAUUGAUUUCAAAAGUGCACCUCAACGCUGAAUUUCCGAAAUAUAAUCUCUAAAUGGUGACAGACGCUGAAUUUUCGGUAUUUUCUGGACGAUAAUCGAAUUAUUUUUUUGUUGAUUUGUGAGUAACCUUGGUGAUGACACAGCAAUGUCACCGAAUAAUAAUACCUGUAGACAAGCGUACAAUGUGUCCAUAGAUUUAUACGGAGAGACACGGAUGAAAUAAAAAGGGUGAGAGGGGUGUCUCGAAUGUCUUUUGUCGAUUUCAGUUUUCGAAACGAUUUUUUUUUUUUUUAAAGGAGGAAUUACGUUUAUCCGGAACCCAUAUCUCGUAAAUCGCGUUGCUACGUACCUAUGGCGAUGGUGUAAACACGAAAUACCUCUAAACACCGCGGUCGCCAAUCUUUACCGAUAUUUUCACGUCGCAAACUACGCGCGCGUGUGCGAUGACCGUCCCCGAACACUGCUGUCGCGCUGCGGCGUGGCGUACAAUUUCGUGCGCGUACAUUUUCCUUUCGGUACAGGGCACCGCGAUCGGCCGCGAAGACGACGACGGGCUGUUCGAUUGGUCGGGCGGAGAUGGCGAUGAUAUCGACUUGGACGACGACGGUGAGGACGACGACGAACUCUCGCCGGUCCGAGUAGACGAGAUGUCGGCCGGAAAAAUGAUUUCGUUUUUCGCCAAGUUAAAUUCGCUGCGGCAAAAACGCCUUGUAGACCGGCGAAAGACCGCGGCACCCUUCGGGAUCGCACGUGGCCGCCCCUCGCCGGCGCAUCCGGAAGGCGAUCGGCCGGUGGUUGCUGCAGCGGACCGCACUCUGUCUGUAGCAGCAGAAACGCCGCUAUCUUUACCGGACCGGGAAACUAUCCGGAAGGGUAAUGGCAUAAUUCAACUCCACGCCUUUCCCAACCCCACCGCUGUUAGUCUUUAUACGCUAUAAUUAGGGACUAUUAGUUCUGAAAAUGAUUUUGUGAGUCCUAAAAACGUGCGUCUGAAUCGAAGGCUAAAAAUAUUCAUACUGCAGUAGUGGAUUCAAUACACGAAUCCGGAUUUUUAAAUAUCUAAAUGGUGACUCACGCGUGAUUUUUGUUAUUUUUAUCGUAAUACGAAAAUCUAAUUUUUUUUUUCCAGUUGAUUUUCGGUUAUUUAGGUAAUACGGACGGAUACGAAUAAAUCCAGUCAUUAUCGGGUUAAUUCUAGGUUAUCACGUGCAAGAGCCAAAGAAGUACUAUUUUUAAAAGAUAAAUUAUCUGCAGGCAAUAACGGAUAACUGUGAUAUAGGAACGGAAGUGGAAAUGGGAAGACACGUUAAAUUGAGAAAAAAAAAACUGGGAAUAAAAUUUACUAGGAAUAAAUCAAAUUAUCCAAAAUUCCAGUGUAAGCCUGAGUAUACCCGUAAUAUAUAGAAAUGGAUUAUUGCGAAAUGAUUUCCGCCAUCAGUGUUGUCACAAUUACAAAUAAUAUAAUAUCGAUUAUAAAAGCCCAGCCCGUGGGCUCUUCUACUUAUUAUUAUGUUGUGAUUGCAGUUGGAUCGAGUGGCAUUUUUCGCUUUAUUAGAAAACAAUAAGAUACGAUUUAAACAUUUUUUUUUUUUUAGAAACCUUAUAGAACCCGAAUACAAUUUAUUACAAUAUUUUGUGUACUUAAUAUUAUUGUACUGAUCAUAGAAGUGAACCGACAGACAGAAAUCGAUGAAGGCGGUUCGACAACUGCGGCCGGUAACCACGAUGUAGGUUUCUGGAUGAGGAACAUGUCGAGGGAAGAAACGGUGACGGAAACGCUUGAUGCUGGUUCGAGCCGAAAAAAACUGCGGCGCCACCGUGUGGCCGGAUACUUAGACAUGGGGUGGUACAGCGCGCGGUGCUUAUGGACGCAGUACCUGAACGCGGUCGACGGACAGGAAGUGCUGGCGGUCCGGGAGAAAAUCAUGCGUUUCGCUACGUUUUGGACAGCGGUGGUCGGCGUCUCGAUAGCGUUCUUGUGGUGCGCGUUCGGAUGCUUCCACGAACUGUUCUGUAUUGGCGUCAUCGAGCCGCCGAUCACCUACGCCAAGGACGUAAACAAGUACUUGACGAUAGUACCGCCACACGUGGUGGUCACGAACAAAGGCAAAAUGUUCCAGUACCGGCCGACGGCCGAGGAACGCUUCAUAUGGUCAAGCGCGAAAAAAAUAUCAAAUUUUAAAAUUUAAUCGCGUUCGUCAUGAGAUUGUGGACGUGCGAGUGUUUUUGACAAUUUCAUUUUCGCAUACCCAUAAUAUACUAUUGUAUAGUCGCUAAUAAUAAUUAACUAUUUUGAAAUUGGU